AUGGAGAACUCGUACGACUCAGCAGCAGCCAAGUGGUCUGAUUCAACAAGUCCAUAUAACACGGUCUCAUGGUCAUUAUUACAACCUGAUUCCUCAGAUUCUGAUCUUAGCCGCUUUAACCUUGGUUCCUCUGAUGAAUUUGUCGGUGGGAAAGACAAGGCUGAGUCGGUCUCAAGAAGCCACCGUCUAGCGGAGAAGAGACGCCGUGACCGUAUUAAUUCUCACCUCUCUGCGCUCCGGAAACUCGUCCCUGAUUCCGACAAGUUAGACAAAGCAGCUCUCUUAGCAAGAGUGAUAGAACAAGUGAAGGAACUCAAACAAAACGCAAAAGAAUCACCAAUCUACAAAGAUCUUCCAACAGAAGCAGAUGAAGUAAUCGUACUCCCUGAAACUAUCUCCAACGACUUAAAACCAGACACAAUCAUCUACAAAGCUUCUUUUUGCUGUCAAGAUCAAGCCGAAGCAAUCUCAGAGAUCGUUAACGUUCUCACAAAGUUUCAGCUCGAGACAAUAAAAGCUGAGAUUAUCUGUGUUGGGGGAAGAAUGAGAAUCAAUUUCAUUCUAAAAGAGAUUACUACUAAUACUACAUCAGUAAAAACUCUGAAGCAAUCUCUAUGCGCAGCGUUAAACCGAAUCACAUCUUCUUCUUCUUCAACUACUUCAUCAGUUUGUAGAAUCAGAAGUAAAAGACAGAGAUGGUUCCUCUCUUCUAACUACUCAUAA